GGUCUCCAACUCGCGUUGCCGUGGGGGCAUACAGUCGCUCUCGUGGGGGCCAGUGGAGGGGGCAAGUCCACGCUGCUGUCACUAGCGCUGCGCCUGUACGACCCCAGUGCAGGCCGCAUUCUGCUGGCAGGCGUGCCACUGCCUGACAUCGACUCCCACUACCUCCACUCCAAGGUGUCAGUGGUGUGGCAGGAGCCUCUCCUGGUGAGCCGUUCAGUAGCGGCCAACAUCAGCUACGGCGUUACCACCCCCGUGCCCCUCUCGGCCAUCCAACGCGCCGCCACCAUCGCCAACGCCCACCACUUCAUCUGCGCCCUGCCACACGGGUAUGACACGGAGGUGGGGGAGAGGGGCGUGCGGCUGACAGGAGGGCAGCGGCAGCGCAUCGCCAUAGCACGGGCGGUGCUGCUGGAUCCACAGCUGCUACUGCUGGAUGAGGGCACGGCUAAGAGCGAUGCUGACAGCGAGCACCUCGUGCAGGUAAUGAUGAGCGGGCUUCUGAGUCGACUCAAAGUUAUGUUGCUGGAUCCAAAGCUGUUGCUGCUGGAUGAGGGCACUGCCAAGAGCGAUGCUGACAGCGAGCAUCUCGUGCAGGCAGCCAUGGACGAGCUAAUGAAGGGGCGCACCGUACUAGUAAUAGCGCACCGGCUCUCCACAGUGAAGGCGGCGCACACAGUGGCAGUGGUGGCGGGGGGGGAGGUGGUGGAGAAGGGCGGGCAUGAGGAGCUGGUGAGCACAGGGGGCAUCACUGCCAACCAUCUCGCCUCCUCAUCUCUCCAACCCUCCGCAUUCUCCCCCUCCCCUUCUCCCAUUUCUUACCCUUCCUCCUCCCCUUCCACAUCCCUAUUCUCCUCCCCUUCGUCUCCCCCCAUGCCCUUCCUCUCUUCCCGUUCCCUUCAUGGUAUCUCCACUUUACUCGCCUCAGGUCAACCGCUCGGCCCUUUUGUCUCAUCUACUUUCUCCUCCUCUCUCCCACUCAUAUCCUCUUCCAUCUCAUCUUCUAUUUCCUCUUCCGUCUCCCUCCCUUCCCAAUCCCUCCCACAUUCCUCCACUUUCGCUCCUCAUUUCCUUCUCCCUGCCUCUUCCCUCCCUGCCUCCUCCUUCCCACCUUCAGCACUAUCCUCCUCACCCCUUUUACCAUCCUCACUCUCCUCUCCUCCCCGUCCCGGCCCCCUCCUCUCCUCUCACACCCCGCCUUGGUCCGAAUCACACAGCACAUACCAUCCACAUAGCAUGUACAGCAGCACAGGCAGCACACACGCCGUGCAUGCUUUGCAUACCAUACGCGCUACCCAUGCCACUGAAAGCACGCCACCUAGGACGUACAGCAACCAGGGAAUGCACAGCACCACUCUGAACCCACUUGCACCUGUGACAGCUGCUGUUUCGUAUGUGGGGUCAACCAGCGGCAGCAGCAUAAGUGGUGAAGGCAGGUUUGUGGGUGUGUCCACUUCUGCUGCUCCCACUGCUGCUUCCUCUUUGUCUACAGGGAGUCUUGCAUAUUCAACCAGUGGCAGCAGCAGCAGCAGCAGCAGCAGCAGCAACGGGGGCGGCAGCAGCAGCAGCAGCGGGGGCGGCAGCAGCAGCAGCAGCGGGGGCGGCAGCAGCAGCAGCAGCGACGUGGCAUCAGCAUCAGCACAGCAAUUCCCUUCCCUUACAGCAACCACUCCCACUCCUCCUCACCGCUCCUCCCCCAGCAUCUCCCGCUAUUCCCAUGUGCGCUCCCCUCAUCAAACUAGAACGCCAUCUCCCAUAAGAGACACAACGGGGGGUUGUUCCUCUCCCACCAUCCCCCUCACCACCCCUUCCACCAAUUCCCCCACCAUCCCCCCCACCUCCCCUCCCAUCUCUGUCUAUACCCCACCUUCCAUCCCUCGGUCCACUCCUCCCAGCACCUCAGCAGCCGCAUCGGCCUCCCACAUGCCCGUCCCUCCUACCAGCUCCUUGCACUCUCAAGGCCCCGAUUCUCGAGCGCCCUCUGCCCAAUCCUUGUCUCCCGGCCGUUCCUCAAUGCUGCCUGCUGCUGCUGCUGCUGCUGGGGCAGAGGCGGAAGAAACGGGUGCAGCAGGGAGUGAUGGGAGUAUAAGCAGCAGCCUGUAUUCCAGGAGAAUUCUGAGGGAGCAUAGUGAUGGAGAAGAAGCAGCAGAAAGAGCAGAAGCAACAGAAGCAGCUGAAAGAACAGAGGCAACAAGCUUGGACAGAAGUGGCAGAAUAGAAAGAACCACUGUCGGCAAUGCUGCUGCUAGUCUCGAAUCUCCUGAUGCCUCUACAGUUUCCAGCAACAUUUCGGAGGGUGCAACAGGCAGAAGCUCGCGACAGGACAUUUACAACAGCAUGCAUAUGGCUGGACAAACAAUGAUUUCACAACCAGCAGCAGCACCACAACCAGCACCGCAAGCAGCUGCAGCAUCGCUGCAAUCAGCAGCAGCACCACCGCCGCCACAAGCUGAAGCAGCAGCACCACCACCACCACCACCGCCGCCACCACAAGCAGCAGCGGAAACAGCAGCAGCAUCACCAGGAAGAGGAGGAGAAGGAGGCGCAGAGGCAAUAGAGUGGCAAAGAAGCGGAGCACGCGCAGCGUUGUACAGCGCAUGGAACGAUGGAGGGGGCACUAUGGCAAUGUCUUCUCUGCGAUCGCAUGCAGCAGUGGCAGUAACAGCACCAGAAGGAGCAGCUGGAGCUGUAGCAGCAGCAGGAGGAGGAGGAGGAGGAGGAAGACCUGGUGGUGAGGAGACGGAAAGGCAUAUUGACAAGACGCAUAUGCCCAUAGAAGAGGCUUCGCAGAUGCCACUUCCGUCGAGAGGAGGUGAGCUAUGGAUGGGAGGAGGUGAAGCAGGAAUGGCAGGCGCAGGCAUACUCGGUGAGACUGCAUUCUUGGGGGCAAUCUCGUCAGCAAGUGAGGAGCUAGCAGGGCAGGUAGCAUCAGAUUCAGAGUUUUCCGCAGCGGAGGCUGGAGGUGUGAGGGGAGCAGCAGAGGCGGAGGGUGCUGUGACAGUUGCCGUCUCCACUUCUGCUACCCCACCCAGAGAGGCGACUCUUGAAGAAGCAGUGAUAGACCUGGAUGGCCCAGCAAGAGAGAUUUCUGACAAUGUGACUACAGUGACCGAGGGAUCUCUCGAUGAGUAG